ACGAGCCCACGACAGGCCCCAACGCCGCCGCGCCGCGCCCACACGCGCACAAACCCCUCCUCGUCUUCCUCCCCCCAUGGCGACCAAGCCCUACUUCCUCUGGGGGGACACGCACACCGCCUCCGCCUCCGCCUCCGCCGCGGCCUUCGACUCCGACGCCGCCGCGGUCUACGGCGGCUCGCGCGCUCCGGAGACGGCGGCGCUGCUGGCUGCCGCGACGGCGGCGGGGGACACGGCCGCGGUCGCGCCGGAGCUCGGCGCUGAGGCGGUGGCGCGGCCGCGGAUGCGGCGGAACCCGUCCGCGUCCGCGUCCGGGAAGCAGCAGCAGCAGCCGCAGCAGGCGGGCGGCGGCGGCGGGGCCAAGAAGCCGCCGCAGCGCGGGCUCGGCGUCGCGGAGCUCGAGCGGCUCCGCUGCGGGGACGACCCGCUCCGCGAGCUGCUCGUGGACGCCGCCGGCGCGCAGGGACACCCGCUGCUCCAGUACCACCACCACCACCACCACCUACAGGUGCCGCCCUCGGCGUUCGACUCCACCGCCAGCGCGCGCUACUGCUCGCAGCUGCUGGCCCCGGCGCCAGGUCCCGCUCCCCUCUGCUUCCUCCACACGCCCGCGGCGGCCCCGCUCGUGGCGCCGGAGCAGCAGUACUUCAGGGACCGUUGGGGCCGCAUGGGGGGCUUCCCCCCGGCGGGAAAUGGUUCCGGCGGCGGCGCCGACCACCAGCCCCAGCUGCUGCCGGCGCCAGAGCACCCUUCAAGCCAAAACACCAUCUGGCGUCCUGCUGCGUCCUCCCCCUCCUCCUGCCUCCACACUGGCCACCGCUGCGACAUCUGCUGCAGGAGGAUGAGGGCUGCCUUGGCAGAGAGAGGAGCGCUGGCACCGACGCCGCCUCCUGCGUCUCCAAACACCGCCGCCGGCUCCAACACCGACGCCACGCCAGACUACUCCAUCAACGAUCUCGCCGCGGCCAUGGCCGCCGCUCGCCAGGUAACAGCAUCUACAUAUCAACAAUGCAAUUGCUCGUUUAUCAGUCAAGUCAUCUGCCCGUGCGCCCGCAAUGAUGUCCUUUUGCCUGCUCGUGAAAGCUUCGCUCAGUUGCGGUGUGUACGCCCUGCGCGCGCAGGGAGACACGUUCUUGGCCCUGGAGAGGGACGGCGGGGCGCCCGCGGCGGCCGAGGCGCCGGCGAAGAAGGAGGUGCGGGAGAUCGAGUUCUUCCCGGCGGCGAGCGCGCACCACACAGGCGGCGGCGGCGGCGGGGGCGGCCGGGUAUCCGUCCGCGGCGACUCGGAGCUCGCGGCGCCCUUCUCCUCCCCGUACGGCGCCGCCGCCGCCGGCCGCACCGCACCGCAGCUCGACCUGUCUCUGAGGCUGUAGGGGCGUCGCGUCGAUCGAUCACUGCACCUUCUCGGCGGCGUAGGGUUUUAGCUUGUGUUUCUGCUUCAAUCGGUCGUCGCGUGCUAUGCUAUAAUAUUAGUAUUCUAGAUCGUUGCGUUCAAAAAAAAGUAUUCUAGAUCGUUUGGUUUGCUCUUGUGGGACUAGCUUUUGGAUUUUACUAUUAGAAGACUUUGGUAGUACAUGGAACUCUUUUAUUUUUUCUGAAAUGCUGGCGAAUCUAUUAUCAUGUAGUAUGUGUGGGAACAUACAAUAUGUAUUCGGAUGAGGUCAAUUAUAUUUUAACGACAGUGAAACGACCCCGUAUUUGCAUGA